ACUCAUGGUUCUUUCCACUGAAUGGUCAGCUCCUGAAGAUGCUUGGGAGAGGAGCUCUCUCCUUUCCAACCUGCUUAGUGCUGUCUUCUGCCAUCCUUUUCCUGUCGCAGUUGAUGGCCUGCAGCUUCAACCCCUGUGUGGAGGUGAUCCCCAACAUAACUUACAGAUGCAUGGAUCUGAACCUCUCUGGAGUACCAGCUGAAAUCCCACCUUCCACCGAGAACUUGGAUCUCAGCUUCAACCCACUGGUGUCACUGACCUCAAAUUAUUUCUCCGAAGUGCCUGAACUGAGGUUGCUGGACCUCACUAGAUGUCACAUCCAGACAAUUGAAGAUUAUGCUUUUAAGGAUCUGCAUAAGCUGCUCACCUUGAUUCUGACUGCAAAUCCCCUCCAGCACCUGGGUCCAACAGCCUUCUAUGGUUUGGCAUCCCUGCAAAGGCUGAUAGCUGUGGAAGACGACAUAUCCUCGCUAGCUGACCUGCCCAUUGGACAUUUACAUACUCUGCAGGAGCUGAAUGUGGCCAACAACCAAGUGGACUCUUUGAAGCUCCCCGGGUAUUUCUCCCACUUGUCUCUUCUCCGGUUCCUGAGUCUGAAGUCCAACAGGAUCUCAUCUAUCUCCACAGGAGACCUGGCUGCUUUACAGGGAGAGAAGAAGCACAACCUAACAUUAGUCCUUUCACUCAAUGAUAUAAAAUGUAUUCAGCCGGGCUCCUUUGAGGGGAUUCUUCUUCAUGAGCUAUCUCUGAGGGCUUGUUUUGAGAACACUGGUCUUAUGAAGGCUUGCAUCCAAGGCCUUGCUGGCUUGCAGGUCAACAGACUAGUGCUUGGGGAAUUCAGGAACAUAGGGAGAGUGGAGGACUUUAGUAAUGGGCUCCUGGAUGGACUGUGUCAGGUGCAGCUACAGGAGUUUGUGUUCAUUAGCUUCCAGAGGUUUGAUAAUUGUACCGACACUCUCUUUGAUUGCCUGGUCAAUGCCUCCACUAUUCGGCUGGUGGAUCUCUCCCUCGAUCAGGUGUCAGCGGUCCCAACUGCGUCCAGAAUACACCACCUGGAAUUCAACACCUGCAAGUUUAUUGAGGUGCCUGCCAAGAAGUUGUCCUCCUUCAAAGAGCUGAGAGUGCUUCGGAUCACCAAUAGCAAAUACCUCACUGGCUUCCGGGAGAAGUUUAAGGAUCUGCCUAACCUGGAGGUCCUAGAUCUGAGUGUGAACCGGCUCAGUUUCAUUCAGUGCUGCGACUCAUACCUGAAGCGGAUCCCAAAGUUGAAGCACUUAAACCUGAGCUUCAACUCCAUCAUCAGCGUGACCGGAGGCCUGAAUAUCACUGAGCUGGUGUCUCUGGACUUCCGCCAUUCAAAGCUGAAUGAUUUUGGCAGCUUCCCUGUCUUUCACUGUCUUGGGAAACUCAUCUACCUUGAUAUUUCCUACACCAGCUCUCACAUUGCGUCCCAGUGUACGUUCAGUGGCUUAAAGUCCCUGCAAGUGCUCAAGAUGGCUGGCAAUUCCUUUCAGGACAACAAUCUGGGCAACAGCCUCAUGAACCUGACCCAGCUGCUCACCCUGGACGUUUCCAGCUGUAAGUUGACGCAGGUGUCUCCGAGCACAUUCAAGUCCCUUACUAAAUUGCAAGAGCUAAAUAUCAGCCACAACAAGCUGCUGGCCUUUGACCCCCUGGCCUACAAGCCUCUUCAGGCCCUCACUGUCCUGGACUUUAGCAGCAACCAGCUGACUGUCUUGACCGAAAAGGCUAUGGAGAGCCUGCCGAGCUGCUUGGUCCACCUGGACCUCUCUUACAACCUGUUUGACUGCUCCUGUAACCACCUGAGCUUCCUGAAAUGGGCCAAGGAGCAUGGGGAGCUGCUCAAGAGCACCCAGCUGAUGGUCUGCAACAACCCUGUGCACAUGCAGAAUAUGAGUGUGCUGAGCUUCGACCUCUCCUCCUGCCAUCUCAGCCCCGUUGAGUGGGUCAUGUCGGUGAGCGUGCCCUUUGCUGGCAUUCUGUUCGUGAUCCUCAUUUACAAGUACUACUUCCUCCUCUAUUAUGGGCUGGUGCUGCACAGCGGGUGCAGGCGCUACACGGACAGGAACGACACCUACGAUGCCUUUGUCAUCCACUCCAGCAAGGACAUUGAGUGGGUGAGAAAGGAGCUGGCUGAGAAGUUGGAGGGGGGCAUGCCCCCCUUUCAACUCUGCCUCCACUACCGGGACUUCAUUCCAGGGGUGCCCAUCACUACCAACAUCAUCCAGGAAGGGUUCCUAAGCAGCAGGAGAGUCAUCGCUGUCAUUUCCAACCACUUCAUGGAGAGCAAGUGGUGCAGCUUUGAGUUGGAGAUCGCCCAGUCCUGGCAGUUUGUAGACGGCAAAGCCAGUCUCAUCAUGAUUGUCCUGGAGGAAGUGGAUAAGGUGCUGCUGCGACGCAAACUGGGGCUGUCCCGCUACCUGCGGAGGAACACCUACCUCGAGUGGAGGGACCAGGAAAUAAGCCGGCACCUCUUCUGGAGGCAGCUGAGGACAGCCUUGCUAGAUGACAAAACAUAGGACCUAAGGAAGGGCUGAAACGAAUGGAACAAACUAUGAUUGUGCUUCCCUGGUCCUUGCUCUCGGCUUGGCCCUGACGGAAGGCUUGGGCUCAGGAGCUGGGGCUCCAGGAGUUGUUUCACACAAAGAAUCAUUUGGAGCUGGAGGAAUUUAAUUCUCCUGGGUGGGAGCACCAGCGAAACACUAAGGGUAUGUCUACACUACAGCGCUAGUUCGAAUUAACUUAUUUCAAAUUAGUUAAUUCGAAUUAAGCUAAUUUGAAAUAACGCAUCUAAACACAAAAACUAUUUCGAAAUAGCGUUUUGCUAUUUCGAAAUAGCACGUCCACACCUGAAUGGACCCUGAACUGAAGUUUAAGGCGGAACCAGCGCCGGCAGGGCAUUGGGGUCAGACUUAGUGUGUGGGGCUGCUGCCUCAGGCUAUCCGAUGUCUGUGCUUAAAGUGACCCGACCCCCCCAUCUCGGACAGACAGUUCUAAGGUUUCGUGGCUUGCUGAGGGACAGAAAAGUAUUUUUGUCUCAGAGUGCUCUGCUUGCCCUCACUCGGGACUCUGCAACAUGGAACCAGACCUGCCCCUGGGGAUUGUGCUGCGUCACGUGGACACGUUGCCGGCAGCCUGGCUGCACUGGCUGCAGGCUGCCAUCUGGGAGGACCAUCGAGGGGCUGUCAGGAUCCAGGGGGCCCUGCAAGAGCUUCCACCCUGAGGAGCGCUAACAGUCUCACCGGUCUGCCCCACUGGGGUCUUGUGCCCCAUUCCUCCCUCUCGUUCUUCCACUUACCCUUCCCUAACCCCCCCUUCCUGAUGUCAAACAAAAUACACGUGUUUUCAAAAAUA